AGCGCCCGAGGAGCGUUGGCAGAGUUUGGGUGACCAGGUAGGGCAGGGUGUACAUCGGGCACCCCGUAUGCACCGCACAGCCAGCUGGCACGGCCACGGGCUGCCCCGUGGUGCAGCUGGUGGUGAGCAAGGCAAGCAGAGGGGGGAAAAAACCACCCCGGCUGAGACAGAGAGCAAGAAACAGAGCGUGGGCCCUUUGCUUGCGCUCGGCAGCGGCAUGUGCUUGUCCUGCCUUGUUACGUGUUUGCUGUAAUAAUAUUUCCCCUUUAAGGCUGGGCUGAAGUUAUUUAUACUUGUGGGGUGGUGACAGGAACACAGAGCGAAGCAGGAGCCCUGAACUGCUCUUACCUGAUCUGCGGCAGAGGGGCGGACGGAGGCGGAAGGAAACUCAGAUAGAGAGAGGGAGCAAGAGAAGGGAGUCCGAGGGACGGGAAGAGAAAGCAGCAGGGCAUCCCCGGGGAGGGACGAGGGAGGGGACCAGCUGGGGAAACAGAAAAAGGGGGAACGAGGGAAGGAAGAAGAGAAGUAAAGAGGGAGAGGUCCUCAGGGAAAAGCAAGGGGCAGAGCGGCUCCGGGGAGCCGAGGGGCCACCAGCAUCCGAUGCCAAGCGUCGCCGAGGGGUGCUGAGCAGCGGGUACAGCCACGCGGAGCGGCUCUUGUGGUCUCCUCCCGGCUCUCAAGAUGAUGAAGAGGCAGUUUAAUCGGAUGCGGCAGCAGCUGUCCCAUCCCAACAUCACCAGCCGAGCCCAAGAAGCAACCGAGCUCUUGCCAGAAGACUUGCUGCAGAUCGAGCAGAGGAUCGAGCCGGCCAAGCGAGCAGCUCACAGCGUGUCCAAGAGGCUCCAAGCCUGCCUGCAAGGGCAAUGCGGCUCCGAGAUGGACAAGCGAGUGAAGAAGCUGCCCUUGAUGACUCUGUCCACAACGAUGGCCGAGAGCUUCAAGGAACUGGACACAGAGUCCAGCCUCGGGAAAGCCCUGGAGAUGGGCUGCUGCAUACAGAGCUCGCUGGCCAAAAUCCUGGCCGAGUUCGAGAUCGCCGUGGAACGCGACGUCCUGCAGCCGCUCAACAAGCUCAGCGAGGAGGAGCUUCCCAUCAUCCUGAAGCGCAAGAAGACCCUCCAGAAGUUGAUUUCUGACUGGAAUGCAAUCAAGAGCCGGCUGAACCAAGCUGCCAAGAGCUCCAGUAACAGCGCUGGCACCGGUGCUGGCCCGGGGGCAUCUUCUGCUGCCAACAAACUGGAGAUCCUGAAGGAAGAGGAAGAGGAGGUGAAGAGGAAGGUGGAGCAGUGCAAGGAUGAGUACAUGGCUGACCUCUACCACUUCUCCACCAAAGAGGACAGCUACGCCAGCUACUUCAUCAAACUGCUGGAAAUCCAAGCCCAGUACCACCGGCAGUCACUGGGAUCUCUGGACUCAGCUUUGGCGGAGCUGAAGGAAAGCCACAGCCAGACAGAGCCCACCUUCACUGCAGACGCCCCAGUGGCAGGGUACUACGGCGUGCCCCUAGAGACGCACCUCAAGAGCUUGGGCCGGGAGAUUGCGCUGCCCAUCGAAGCCUGCGUCAUGAUGCUGCUGGCCUCCGGCAUGAGGGAGGAGGGGCUCUUUCGGCUGGCAGCGGGUGCCUCAGUGCUGAGGAAGCUGAAGAGCAGCUUGGCCAGCGGCUCCAACGCCCUGGAGGAGUUUUACUCGGACCCCCACGCCGUGGCCGGUGCACUGAAAUCCUACCUGCGGGAGCUGCCCCAGCCUUUGAUGACCUUCGAGCUCUACAACGAAUGGGUCGAAGUGGCCAGCUUAAAGGACGUCGACAGCCGCCUACAGCGACUGCAAGACACCUGCAGCCGCCUGCCCCAGGAGAGCUACAACAAUCUGAGGUAUCUGAUCAAGUUUUUAGCCAAGCUGGCUGAACACCAGGAGGUGAAUAAAAUGACUCCGAGCAACAUCGCCAUCGUGCUGGGCCCCAACCUGCUGUGGUCGCAGCAGAACACAGGAGACCCCAUGCAACUGGACUUGGCCUCGGUCUCCUCCAUCCAGGUGGUGGGUGUGGUGGAAGCCCUCAUCCAGAAUGCAGAUGUCCUCUUCCCCGGAGAGGUAGAUUUCAACGUCUCGGGCAUGUUCACGCCACCUGCAAACGGUAGACUUGGCGAGGCCACUCCGGUGGAAGAGCUGACCCCCAAGCCCCCUCCGGCCAGCACACCCACUCUCCCAGACGGAGAAGUCACCUCGAGCGACCCCGAGCCCAGGUCCCAGCCGACAUCCCCAGCGGCGACCAGACCGUCUCCCGAAGCUGCGGGGCCGCUGCCUCCAACGAUGACCGAAAACACCACCUGCAAAGGCAAGCGCCCGGCUCCGGCCCGACCCACGAUGCCACCACCGCCGCCCGUGGCGCAGCCCCGGACCGCGGCUCCCACCCCGGCAGCCCCCGAGCACGCAGCCAGCCCCAAAGCCCAACCGCGACGGAUGGCCGGGGUACCAAGCCGACCCCCCGCCGUCCCACCACCGCUCCCCCCGCAGCCGGCACGCCGCCAUAGCCGAGAUGCCCCGCCAUCCCCCAGGCCUCCCGCCGGCGGCGAGGCCGACGCGGCGACCGCCACGGACUGUGCCCCGGGGGCCGCGGAUGAGGGGCAACGGCUGCCUGCGGGAAGAAGCAGCCCACCGGCCACAUUGCCACCAGAGGAGAACUGAGCAGGGCCGGGAAGAUGGAGUCCGGUGUGGAAACCGGGGGUGGCCUGAAAGGACGGCGUGCCCCUCCAGCUCCUCCAUCUUGCUCCACGCCGGCUGGGACCCUCCACCCGCCUCCCUUUCUUCUCCCGUCUCCACAGAGCCUUCCUCCCCGCACCACCGUGUCCCUGCCGGAGCCCGGCCACCCCUAAGGGACCCAGGAUCCGCCGAUGGCAGGUCGGCCACGCUCGCGGGUCCCCGUGGGGGUCCGGGAGAGGGUGAGCCAGCGUGGGCAGGCUGGCCCCGUGGGGCCAUUUGCGGGUGCGCAGCCACGAUCCCAGCCCCUUCUGCCCCAUUUUGCCUUGUCCCUGUCGCCCCAGGAACAUACAGACACAGAGAUAUAUAAAUAUAUAUAUAUUUUGCAACUACAUUA